AAAAAAGAAAAGAAAAGAUUAUUGUCACAGUUCAUUUGGUUCCUGUAAUCCUCUUAACUUUUCCCUUCAGUCCCUAAUUAUCAUCAUGGAGAUAUCUGCAACACUAGUAUUAGUGUUACUUGCCUUAUUUACUUUUCUGCAAAACGUUGCUAAUGGAUUUGAUUCAUGGCCACAAACUAACACUAUCAAUCCUUUCAAGUACAGGGUACCUGAAAACCCGCCUUAUCGAACUUCUUAUCACUUUCAGCCUCCACAAAAUUGGAUGAACGAUCCUAAUGGACCAAUGUAUUACAAAGGAGUUUACCACCUUUUCUACCAACAUAACCCUACUGCAGCAACUUUUGGUGAUGGAAUAGUAUGGGGCCAUUCAGUGUCCUAUGAUCUCAUCAAUUGGAUUCACCUAAACAAUGCUAUUGAACCAAGUGAGGCAUAUGAUAUCAUUAGUUGUUGGUCUGGUUCAGCCACAAUCCUCUUAGAUGGAAAACCUGUUAUCAUGUAUACUGGUAUUGAUCAUAACAGGCACCAAGUUCAGAAUUUGGCUAUGCCAAAGAACUUAUCAGACCCUUUUUUAAGGGAGUGGGUGAAACACACUCAGAACCCUGUGAUAAUUCCUAGUGAGGUUGCUGAAGUGGACAAUUUUAGAGAUCCAUCAACUGCUUGGCAUGGAAAGGAUGGUAAAUGGAGAAUAAUCAUUGGUGCUCAAAAGGGUGAUCAGGGGAGGGCAAUUUUGUACCAAAGUGAGGAUUUUGUUAAUUGGAAAUUAGAAGAUGCUAAUCCUUUUUAUGCAACAGAUAAUACUGGAGUAUGUGAAUGCCCGGAUUUUUAUCCAGUGUCCAUCAAUGGGACUAAUGGGGUUGAUUCAUCUGUCGAAAGUUCGAGUGUUAGGCAUGUCGCCAAGGUAGGCUACCUCAGAAUGGCACAUGACUACUAUUUUGUAGGAAAAUAUCUCUCUGAUGAAGAGAGGUUUAUUGCUGAUGCUAAAUUUACAGGAACUAGUUUGGACUUGAGGUAUGACUAUGGUAAAUUCUAUGCUUCCAAAUCAUUCUUUGACUAUGCUAAAAACAGGAGAAUAUUGUGGGGUUGGGUAAAUGAAUCCGACAGCGAAAAAGAUGAUAUUGAGAAAGGCUGGGCUGGUGUACAGUCAAUUCCAAGACAAGUUUGGCUUGAUAACAAAAGUGGGAACCGAUUAGUACAGUGGCCAAUCGAAGAAGUCGAAAAACUGCGAAGCAAGAACAUCAGUAUUAAUGGAGAGAAACUCAGAGGUGGAUCAAUACUUGAAGUAUCAGGUAUCACUGCAUCACAGGCUGAUAUAGAGGUAUUGUUUGAGAUUCCUGAACUAGAAAAUGCUGAAUCCUUUGAUCUCAGUGAUGUUGAUCCUCAACUACUCUGUAGUAAUGCUCCAAGGAGUGGCAUAAUAGGGCCAUUUGGUUUAUUAGCUUUAGCUUCAAAAGACCUAAGAGAGCAUACUGCAAUUUCUUUUAGAGUAUACAAAACAUCCAAUAAAUUUGUAGGCCUAAUGUGCAGUGAUCAAAGCAGGUCCUCACUGCAGAAUGGCCUUGAUAAAACAACAUAUGGAACUUUCUUUGAUGUAGAUUCUAAUGUCAGAACAAUUUCACUUAGAAGCUUGAUUGACCACUCUAUUAUUGAGAGUUUUGGGGAAGGAGGAAGAGUUUGUAUCAGUAGUAGAGUUUAUCCAAAGCUAGCUACUGGCAAUGAGGCACAUCUCUAUGUGUUUAACAAUGGAACAAUGAGUAUACUAAUCUCAAAAUUGAAUGCCUGGUGCAUGAAGGAAGCUGAGAUUGGACACGUGAAAAAUAUGAGCUAUAAAACUUGUUAGCAGGGUUUAGUAGUUAUGAUAUCAAUAAAUAUAGGUGGCCACAAGAUUUCCAAACCAAGUCCGUUUGUUAUAUGCACUUUUUUAAUGAUGAUGUAUUUUUCUUCUUUUUGGUCAA